CACCGACGUCGUGACCUCUCAGCUCGUGAUCACGACAUCAGCUGUGUCUCGCCUCGUCCCGUGGUCCCCCGUAUCCUCGCACAGCCAUGGCUCUCAUAUCGCCGCCGCCCUCUCGUUGACCCAGACCUCUUCUUGCGACGUCCGUGAUCGUGCCAGGUUCCCAUUAACGUCGUCUACGGCAAGCAUGCCUUGUAGACUUGUCGUCCUCGGUUGAAAAGCGCCAGACGUCUCCUGGGCAUCCGUCGGCAAGUGCCCGUCUUGCACAGGCUAGAGCGACCUGCUGGUCACAACAGAGAGCACCCUUCCUCCCACCAGCGAGCAACUCACCCUAGAUCGUGGGCAUCACCACCCAGCAUGAGCUCGCCCCCCCGCGCCGAAGCCUCUGACGGGCACGACGAGCGGCCGCUGCUCGCGCAGUGGGGCGUCGACGAGGCUCUGCGGCGUUCCAUGGAAGAUGGCGGCGUCAGAAAUGACGAGACGUCGCCUCUCCUCAGCAGCAAUGCCUCGAGCGCGGGCCCCCCUGCCAACGGCGCCGCCGCGGCGAAAGCCGUCGACGAGACCCAGACGACUAAGAGCAUGUGGUACAUGACCAUGCUGACCAUCAGCGUGGGCGGCCUGCAGAUAGCAUGGUCCGUCGAGCUGUCCAACGGGUCGCCUUAUCUGCUCUCCCUGGGCCUCAGCAAGUCCCUGAUGGCCCUGGUCUGGAUCGCCGGCCCGAUGACGGGCACCCUGGUGGUGCCGUACGUCGGCGUGCUGAGCGACCACAGCAGGCGCCCUUGGGGCAAGCGGCGACCGUACAUGGUUGGCGGCUCAGUUGCCACGAUACUCGGGCUGCUGUUCCUGGCGUGGGCACGGGAGAUUGUGGGAGGCAUUUUGAGCAUCUUCGGUGCGGAUCCCGCUUCCGAAGGGGUCAAGACCGUCAUCAUCAUCGCCGCCGUCGUCGGCAUCUAUGUGCUGGAUAUCGCCAUCAACACCGUGCAGGCGGCGAUCCGCGCUUUCAUGGUUGAUUGCGCCCCGGCCCAUCAGCAGGAGCUCGCCAACGCCAUGGCCAGCCGCCUCACCGGCGUGGGCAACAUUGUCGGGUUCAUUGCCGGAUACAUCGACCUGCCCGCACAUCUGUGGUUCCUGGGCGACACGCAGUUCAAGAUCCUCUGCGUAAUCGCCUGCGUCGCGCUGGGUGUGUCGAUUGCGCUAAGCACGCUGACGAUCCACGAGAGAGACCCGCGGGCAGACGGCUCGCCCGCCAAGAAAGCCCCCGGUUUCGUGCCCUUCUUUCUCACAAUCUUCAAGUCCAUCAAACGACUCCCACCGCAGACCAGACGAGUCUGCCAGGUGCAGUUUUGUGCCUGGGUCGGCUUCUUCCCGCUUCUGUUCUACACAUCGUCUUACAUCGGAGAUAUCUAUAUACAGCCUUAUCUCGAGCAGAACCCCCACAUGACUCCUGAGGAACUCGACAAGCUGUACGAGAAGGCGACGCGGGUUGGGACCUUUGCUCUUCUUAUCAACGCCAUUGUUAGCCUCUCUACGAACGUGUUUCUGCCGUUCUUCAUCGCCCCGACCUUUGAUAGCCAACCAGUCAGCGCAACCAACGCCCCGGGUCAUGGAACAGGGAUGACGACGACGAUGACGACGACGGUAGAUUCCGAAGGUCGUGGGCGCCCAUGGCUGGAACGUCUCCGAAUCCCAGGGUUCACGCUGAAGCGGGCAUGGCUCGGCUCGCUGGCACUCUUCGCUGGGGCCAUGUUUUGCACGCUCUUCGUCCGCUCCGUCAGAGGCGCCACAGCUCUCAUCGGCUUGGCGGGUGUUACGUGGGCUAUGGCUCUUUGGGCUCCAUGGGCCAUCAUCAGCGCAGAGAUAAGUCGGCAGAACGCCAUUAAUAGGGCGAAGAAGCUUCAAGAUAUGUCUUGCCAAGCCGACGUCCCGAGUACAAGCCUUCCUUCCUUGAACGGCGAAUUGAGCCAUGGAGCGAGCCCGGGAGCACAUGUGGACGAAGAAGAAGACGAGGAAGAGACGGACCGCACCGGCGUGAUUCUGGGGAUCCACAACAUGGCCAUUGCCGUGCCCCAGAUUAUCGCGACGGUAGGAUCCAGCAUCAUCUUCAAAUUCCUGCAGAAGCCGCGCGGGACGCCUGGUGACCGCAGCAUGGCCGUGGUCAUGGCGCUCGGCGGGGGUUUCGUGUUGCUGUCGUGCUUCUUUGCCGUCAGCGUGAGGGAUCGCCCCCCUGAGCUGCCGGAGGAGGUGGUGGUUGAGGAGCAGCUCGAGGCGCCCGGGGGCGAGGCUUCAAGUCACUAGAGGUUCAUCACCGACAUAAGAGAAGCAGUUGACAUCUUUGUGACGGCCUUUCAAACUUUCCAGGUGUCGGCAAGCACAAACGAGCUUGGAUGACAUGGCAUGAGCACCACUUGGCUUGUCGGGCAGCUACAGCGGACUGGACGUGAUGGCGUGUUUAUACAGGAGACCAGCUUCUUACACAACUGACGAGAAGAGGAUUUAGGGCACCGCAUAAUGUUGAUCUCUGCAUGAAUUUUGGAGGGGCUGGAGCGUGCUACACUAGAACUGCUUUGCCAUAUACGCGCAGAGUGUCGAUGAAUGUAUAAGUGCCUGAUAAUACCAACGGAAGUGUCCAACC